UUAAAUAUUUGAAUUUGAUUAAAUGCCAAGUGUAUGUGUGUGCACACGAGACACACAAGAAAAAAAAUUCUCAAACAGGAAGUCUUAACAUAAAGAACAAAACGUUGUCGCUACAAAUAAUUUAUUUUUUGUAUGUGAACAAUAAAAAUAAUGUCUUCAUUUGAAACAUCAACUUCUUCUGUUACUGAUAAUAAUAUUAAUAAUAAUCAAUCGGAAAAUUUGAAAUUUGAGGUUAAAUUACGUGAUAAAAAACUAUCACAAGAACAACAAUCAAAUUCACCUGUUGAACACCAUCGUCCAUUGGGCAUCAUUAUCGAACCGGUUGAAGAUAUAACUGCGAAAGUACAUAACGAAGAAGAAGAAGAAGAAGAAACAAAAAGAAAUCAAUCUGAUUCACAGACACUUCCAUUGAAAUUGGUAGCCGAUUGUGAUCGAUCUGAUUCCGGUGAUUUUAGUGAACAACAACCACAGGAACAAGCAUAUAGCAUUGAUCCUACAUUUUAUUUCCAUAAUCGUAAUCCAACAUUGGAAUCAUUCCGUGGUGGUGAAAAGAAAAAAUCUGAUUCAUUAGAUUCAACACAACACCAAGCUUGUUGCACAAAAUUAGCAUUCAAUUUCUAUAAUAAAGCAUUAGAUUCGGCUAAAAAACAUUUGCCAAACAGGAAUAAACAGAAAAAUCGUUAUUCGGGAGGUUUUCCACGUUCAUUUGGUGAAGAUUUUCAUUCACUUGGACCCGAAGGUUUUUACUACCUGGAUGAUGCACAAACUGAAUGUUCAAUAGAUUAUCGUGAUAUUGAAUUUAAUCGUGAUUCAUUUCUAUUCACUGGUUCUGAAGUGAUACCCGAAUUAUCGGAGGAAGAAUUUUUUCAGAAUAAAAUUAUUCAAAAAUCUACUCAAAAUCAACAACAGGCUGCUUGUCCUGCACGUCAUUUUACACAAUUACCCGUAUUGAGUGGUGAAAAAACAGCAGCACCGAUCAUUCAAAUGGAUUCAACAUAUGAACCGACUCAAUUGAUCCGUUCAUCGUUGUCGGAUGAUCAACCUGAAGAGAAUUCAUCUGAAAUGACAGAAUCAACAAAACGAAAAGGUCCAUCAUUGUUUGAUCGGCUAUUUAAAACUAAAGAUAAAAAUAAAGACCGAAAAAAAUCUCGCAAAGCUCGAUCUGAAUCACGUGAAAGAGAGCGAGUGAAAAAUGUUCGAGCCACAUCGUUACCACCUACCUCUAUGGGUGGUAAACAUUUACAACAAACACAACAUCCAGUCAUGAAACUAGGACCAUCGGGUCAACUUUGGUUUGAACAAGGCGCUAAUAUAAUAUCGGCAACACCUAUUGAACCAAAUGAAGCUGUACUGUCGAAUGUAACACGACAAUCACCAAUAAAAUUAGUUUAUGCGCGACCACCUGAGAUAAUCGUACAGGAAGUGACUAAUUUAGCCGAUGCUAUUGAUACAUUGCCUAGAAUUCAGCAGACUGAUUCAAAAUCAAACGAAAAAUUUCAGCUAACAAAGCAACAACCACCUGCCAUUACCGUAGAUGAUGUAGCCGAGAAAACAAUGAUGGACAUUCUUGAUGAUGCCAUACGACAACUUCGUGAAGAAAGUCAAAUACCACCUAUCUAUGUAAAUGAAAAUGCUGUGCCAGAAUCAAGUCCGUUACAAUCAUCAUCAGAAACAAAAAGUAAAAAGAAUAGUUUGAAUAGUAAUAAAAAAACAACAAAACGAAGUCCAAUACUUGGACAGAAAAAACGAAAAAUACCCGGUUAUGCAUCACCAAUGGCCAAAUUGAAAGAUAUUCACGUGACAAGACCGAAUUUUUUUCGAAAAUUUAAACGUAAUUUAAAUGAUAAUUCGAUCGUUAUUGAAAGCGAACCGACAAUUCAAAUGGACGAUUCAAAACGUAAUUCGGAUGUUGAUUCAUCCAAUCAACUCGCUGAAGCUAAUGUACCACAAAUAACUAUCGAUGAAGUAUUGCCAGAUACAACUACUUCAGCCGAGAAUAAUGAUGAAAUUAUUGCCACACAACAACAAAUGGAAGAACCACAAAUUCUACAAUUAUCCAAUGAUGAUGAUGAUGAUGAUAAACUUAAGAAAAAAUCUCGAUUAUCAUUUAGAAAACCGAAAAUUAAUUUGCCAGCGACAACAGCUCGAAUUCGUUCAUCAAUGAAAGGCAUGCGAAUACCACGAUCACUUCGUACGAAUAAGAAAAAAGAUGGUUCACUGAAAAAAAAUAAUGGCCAAAUUCCAACACCAACGACAUCAGAUUCUAACACAGAUAAACAGAAUUCAAAAAUUUCACUAUUAAAACGACGUCCAUUUAAACGACAAAAUCGAUAUGGACAAGAUGAACAGCGACAUUCUAUACGACAGCUACCACGAUUACCCGAUAUACCGGAAUCACGAAGUUCAACAUUAGGUAGUCAUCUAUAUGAAGGUGUUCAAGGAUCACCUCAACUUAAUCAACGAUCUUCUGCAUUAUAUGGUGGUAAUUCAAUGGCAAUUGAAAUUCCUGUAGGUGUACCAUUAGAUGCACCUUAUGAAGAAUUUGAUGAAACACCAUCAUCAACGGGUUAUAGUCCAUUUCAUAGAUAUCCCGAUCAAGAUUUUCAUCCCCAGUCGAUAACUUCAUCGGAAGUACAAAUGAAGCCACCGACACCACCACCAACAGCCAAGCCAUUGGAAAUCACUUUAGCAAAAUUGCCUGAUUCACCCGUGUUUGAUAUGAAAAUACCGCAACAAAUGACUGAUCGUAUGCCGGCAUAUCAACCACCAGAAAUUAUUGUCCGUAUACCUGAAAAUCAUAAAUUGAAAACCACUACAGUUGAUAAUCUUGAACAAAAGCAAACAAAUCUUGAUAAAUCUGUCGAACGUCAAUCUGAAUUUUUGUUCUCUAAACCGGAUGUACCAGAUAUCGCUAUGAUGGAACCGGAAUUUAUCCUACCAAGACCUGGUAUUGAAAAUCAUCGAGAGUCACCAUCACAACAACCUGAAAUGACUGUAUUGCCAUCAUUAUUGACAAUGCAAAUCAAAUCUGAUGAUAAUAUGGAUGAUAAUACGCCCAAAACGGAGAUACAUGUACCAUAUAAUACAGCAUUCGAUUCGGAUGUUGGAUCACCAGAAUUAAGCCGAACUCGCCAACAGAUGGUCGCCAUGAAUGAAGCAAUGCGUGAAAAAGUGGAUAAAAUCAAAAAUAUGGCUGGUUCAUUUCGACAUUCUUUCCGUACAAAAAUGAAAGAUCUGAUACAAAGUGCAAAACCAAAAACAACUGAUCCAAAAAUAAUUGAUACAACAUUGAAAUCGGAAUUCAUUGCAUCUCAAGUACAGGAAACAGAUUUAGAUCAACUGACUACAUCGAAAUUAACAACAGAUGCAUCCACAUCGAAAACGCAACAAGAAGAAAUUCCUAUUAUUUAUGAAGAUCCAUCGAACAUUAUUAAAGCACUGGAUAAUCUUCUAACCGAAUCUGGUUAUCAAGUGGAUAAAACUGUUGAUGAUGAUGAUUAUCAUCAUGUAGAAGAUGAAAACGCGGAAAAACGUUCAAAAAAAUUUGCACGAAAAUUUCCCAAAUUUGAAUUCACACAUAAACCAAUUGGACAACAAUUUAACGAAUGGACAGAUCACCAUGAUGAAACAGAACGGCCUACAUUUUCACAGAAAAAUCGCGAACGUUUCGAUCAGAUCCGUAAUCGUGCACAAAAAUCAUUGGGACAAUUUGCCGAUCGAUUGAAACAACAAACACAACAAAUUGGUGAACGUACUCGGGCAUCAAUCAGGGCAACGAAAUCACCAUUACGUUCGAUGCGAAAAACUGAUCUACGACCUCAACGACCACCACCACCAUCAUCAUAUAAUCAUCAAUCAUUUGAUGAUUUACAUUUUGCAUCUGAUUCUGAAUUAUCACCCGGUACUGGUGUUGAUUCAUUACGACGUUCAGCAAAAGUCUAUCAAGAAUUAGCCGAUGCACAAGAACGACUUGAAGCAUAUAUGGCACCAGUGAGUCGUAAUGAACCACGAAGACCACCACGUCGACGUUUGAAUACGGAUGAAUCUGCCGGACAACGACAACCUGAUUAUAUGCAAUCAUUACCAUCGUUAUCGGUUACAAGACCAAAACCACCACGACCACCACCGCCAAAUCGAUAUUUAACAACCAGUUGUCAAUCGAUGGUACCAUGUGAUGAGGAAAUUUCUCUUGGAACUUCAACAUCAAGUCUUUGGACACAUUCUAAACCUGGUGAUAGUAGUUCGGGUAAACGGAAACGUUUUCCACGUCGUCAACGUUGUCCACCGGAUCAAUUUUAUAAAAAUGUUCGCCUUAAUUAUCGGCCAAAAAAAUCCUAUGUUGAACUGUUACAAAAAUCACAACCAUUUUACGCAAUGGCUACAAUGCAACAACAAAAAGCAUUAGAACGAUCACAAUCAACUGGACAAUUAUAUGGACGUUAUAAACCAACAACAAUAGAUAGUUUGGGUUAUCCAAUACCCCCAUUACGACGAUCACGAACAUUGCGAUCAAAACCACCGAUUUGUCCGACAAGUCCAGUUUUUGAUAAUUCCCGUGCUAAUUCUGUGUUUUCAGCUAGAAGUGGUGGUGGUGGUGUCCAAACUUAUUUGGCCUCAUCGGAUCAUCCUUUUAUUAUGGAUCAAUAUGAAACUGAUCCACCACCAUAUCUCUUGGAAGGCAAAGAUUUCUAUAGUCCUUAUCUACAAAGUCCACCGGAAACAUUGAAAUCUUCGCAACCUGAUCUACAAUGGAGUCCAUAUACAUGGAAAGUUAAACGUUGUCGAUCAUUUGCCGAAUCGUUAGCCGUAGAUAAACAGAGAUUACAAUCACCUGAAAUGGAUGAAACACUACCAACACGAGAUUCAAAUGAUACAAUCGUACCAUCACGAUCAACGACACUGCAAAGAUCAGCAACGACUAUAGCAAAUCAUAAUUAUCGAAUUGAUGAACCAACUCAUCGAAUAGUACAACCAGAAACCGUACAAGAACGAAUGUUUAAAUGGCUUCAUUCCACAACAUCAUUGGAUUCAUGGCGUCAUCGAUUACCAAAAAAUCCCAUUAAACAACAACAAGCAACUAGUAGUAAUAAUAGUAGUAGUAAAAGACCUAUACCACCACCAAGGCCACCAGGACCUUCUUCGUCCACAAUAAUGAUGAUGAAUCGGGCAACUAGCCCUUCAUCUACUAAUCAAUCUAUUUGUUCUUCAUUCUAUAGCAAUCAACAACAAUCUGAUAUAAAUAAUGAUAAUUAUUAUUAUUAUAACAAUAAUAUUGAUGCUUUUCUUGCAGAUACAUUUGGCGACAUUACACCAUUGGCAAAUACUAUUGAUAGUAUUAGUGAUCAUAAAUUACAACAACAACAACAACAUCAAUUACCAUCAUCAUCGUUAACAGCGCGUUCAUUACCACCACCUCCAGUUCCACCAAGACCUAAAUUAAUACCGUCACAUUAUGUAUAUGAAGCUCGUCAACGUAAUCGGCCACCAACACGUGAUGUUGCAUGUGAUACAUCGGAAAAUGGAUUUGAAAAAUUUUGUCAACAACAGCAACAACAAACAAAAAUAUUGACAAACGCAAAUAAAAAUGGUGGAUUCUUACAUCGUACAAACAAUAAAACUUUUAAUGAUUAUGAACGAAAAUCACAAUCAUUAGAUAUAUCAAAUGAUGAUGAUAUAACCCUUGUGGAGAAUACAAGUCAUAGAUUUUAUACAAAAGAAUAUAAUGGUCAUGUUCCAAAUGGAUCAAUAAAUUCGGAUAAUAAUAAUAAUAUAACAAUAGCAUCAGUGUAUACUGAUGCACGGACACAUCAAUCGAAUACAAAUUCUCAUCAUGAUCAAAAACCAUCAUCAUCAAUUAUUAAACCGAUACAACAACAACAACAACAUUGGUCUGAUGGUAAUGUAUCCGAUGAUGAUGAUACAAUUAAUGAUGAUAUAUCAUCAUUAUCAUCAUCACAAUACCAAUCUGUAAUGGAUCACUUAUCAACGGCUGAUGAUUCAAUCGGAUAUCUAAUUCAACAACAAACAACGCCCAUAAAAAACGAUUCAUUUUUACAUGGUUAUAAUAAUAAUAAUAACUCAUCAAUAGUAAUUAUGCCACAAACAACUACCACAGCAACAACAACAUCGAGACAACAACAAAUAUUAUCAAAAAAUAUAUCCAACAUUGACAAUACUGCUACAUCUACUACGACGACGACAAUGAAUGAAUACCAGUCAGCUUUGGACAACAACAACCAACAACAGCAAUUAUCAUCAUCAGCUGAUUUUCAGCAACAAUAUUCAUCACAACGUUCAUCAAUGCAUUCGAAUCAUGAUCAACAACAACAACAACAGCAUUUCGACAUUGAUAAUGAUGAUGAUGGAAACCAAAUUCUUAAUGAUUAUGAUCAAUUUCAAAAACAAUUUGAUGGUUUACAAAUGGUAAACAGAAUGAUAAUUAAUAGUGCUGAUGGUGAUCCAAAUGAUGGUGAUGAAACAGCAGUAGCGGCAACGGCAACAACAAUUGCAAUCGGUGCAGAUGGAACGGAUGAAGUUUUAAUCACUGUUGGUGGUGACCAUUCUACAACGUCGGUCACCAUCAACGAUGAUCUAAGUAAAGAUAAUAAAAAUCGUCAGAGCUUUAUCAGUACAGAAUCGACCGAAUCUACAUCAUCAACAGAAUCGACAACAUUUUCCUAUUCUUCUGAAUCGAAUAAAAGUCUUUCGAUUCCAAUCAAUCAAUCUAUUUAUAUUAAUGAUGUUGAUGGUGAUGGCCAUGAAUCAAAUACAUUAACGAUUCUUGCCACGCAACAGGCACCACCAACACCAUCUUCACAGCCAUCUUGUGAUUCAUUAUCUGAUAAAAAAAUUUCGGAUGAGAGAAAAAAGAAAUCUAAUGGAUCAAAGAAAAAGAAAUAUAGCCUUGCUGAACCACCAAAUGAGAUAACUAGACCUUGUGUUGAUGCAUCUACACCUUUGAUUGGUGCCGGUGGACAAAUCUUAUCAAAUCCAUCGUUACGUGAGAAUCUUAGUUCAUUACCAAAAUCGACACCAAAAGGUGGUAAACCAGAUAAACGUUAUUAUUGUGCACAUGAGCUUUAUACAACCGAACGGGAUUAUGUUGAUGUAUUGAUCAUGUUGACGGAAGAAUUUCGGAAAGAAAUUCAACCAUAUGUAACACCCAAAUGGUUGUCCACAUUUUUUCGACCAUUAGAUGGUGUUACACCCAUCAAUAAAAAAUUACUUGAAGAAUUGAAGCGAAGAAUUUUGGUCGAUUGGGAUGAUAAUACUAAAUUGUCAGAUAUCAUAAUUCAAAUAUGUCCAUAUUUUAAAGAAUAUUCCAUUUAUAUACGUGAAUUUGAUCGAAUAAAUUUCAUGUUGGACGAUGCAAUUGUACGGUUUGUUGAUUUUGAAUCUGUAUUAAGGUCAUUUGAGAAUAAUGAUCGAUGCCGAAAAUUGACAAUAAAAUCCUACCUCUUGAAACCGAUUCAACGGUUGCCGCAAUAUUUACUUAUGUUGAAACAAUAUGCCAAAUUAUUGGAUCCUGAAAAAGAUCGUGAUGAAUUUGAAGGAACACAAGAAGCUAUGCGUAUUGUCAGUGAAGUGGUUGAACAUGUGGAUCGUGAAUCGAAAAUGCAGGAACAAUCAUUAACAUUAAAUGAACUUCGAAAUCGAAUUAUAUUGACUAAACCGACAAAAAUUAUCAUACCUGGUCGUGUGUUGAUUCGUCGUGGUCAGCUGGAUAAAGUAAGCCGUAAAGAAGUGCAUGUUCGUUAUUUCAUACUGUUUAACGACGUUUUAUUCUACCUGACACCCGUUAUGAAUGGAAUGUAUAAAUUAAAAGAAGAACUACCGCUGCUUGGUAUGCAGGUAGAAAUGACACAAAAUUAUCCACGAGAAUUCAUUGUUCGUUCAGUGAAACGAUCAUUCGCUUUAUUUGCUCCCGAUGAAAAAGAACGUGAAGAAUGGGUUCGUGAUCUACGAAAAGCCAUUGCCGAUCAUACGGAAAAACAAUUAUCAUUUAAAAAUCGAAAUUCAAUGUCCGAAAUGUCUAGCGGCCAUCCUCAUUCACCUCAUUCGAUGGAACCGAUGAAUCAAUUAUUAUCGGUUACGUCAUCACCACAAUCAACUUUGUCUAGGGCCAAUAAUGAUCGAAUAUCAAUCUUAUCUGCCAGCGAAUCCGAUUAUGAUUAUCCAAUACCAAGUGCAUCGGCAAAUAUUGCUACAUCAGAAAUGUCUUCGGCUCUUCGCCUUGGGGAUUUAGCUCCUGUUUGGUUACAUGAUAAUCAUGUUACAAUGUGCCAUCAAUGUACGGCUCCAUUUACCCUUUUGAAUCGUCGUCAUCAUUGUCGAGCUUGUGGACAUAUAUUCUGUGCUAAUUGUAGUUCGCAUCAGUUUCCUCUUAAAUAUUUAGAUUAUAAACCUGACCGUGUCUGUGAUUAUUGUCAUGAUGAGCUUAAAUCAAUGCAAAAUCCAUUAUUAUCAUCACCACUACGUGUUAGUUUUCUCAACAAUCAACAUAUUGACUCCAAUUCGGAUUAUCAUGAUUAUGCUAAUAUCGAAUCAACACCACAGAUAUCUGUAUCGAUUUCGCCACAAAAUUCAAUCAAAAGUACUAGUUCUACUAUUUCAUCAUCCGGAAUAGGUAGUGGUGGUAAUAAUGGUAAUGGAAUACUUAAAAAUUUAACCCGUAAAAAUCGAUCAAAUUCAUGUCAUGAAUUGCGAAAUAAUCAAGUAAAAAUACCCCCGGAUACACCUCCGGCUAUUACUUUGUCUCAUCAAUCGUCAUCAUUGUUGGCUGGUGGUAAUAAUCAUCUUCAACAACAAUUAUUAUUACGGAAUAAUAAUAUUCGACUAAGUUCACGUUUGUUGAAAAAUAAAAAUGUAUCAUCCGUAUUGGUUGAAGUACAGGCAAACGAUUCGAAUGCAUUGAUUGCUGGAUGGCUACAUCGUUAUGCACAGAAAAAAGGCUGGAAACGGUAUUGGUUUGUCAUUAAAAAUAUGGUACUAUAUACAUUCAAAGCAUCCGAAGAUGUUCGUGCAUUGGAAACAUUGCCAUUACUAAGUUAUGAUGUAUCCGUUUCUAAUGAAUCAAUUAAAGGUCAUCCAGCGGAAUUGAUCAUCAAAUUGUCACAUCGUUGUCAGCCAACCAUUUAUUUCUUUGUCGAACAGAAAGAACAGUUUCAACGUUGGUUCGAAUGUUUCAAAGAAUCUACAUCGUUAUUACAGUCACCAUCAUCAAAAAAGCUAUCAUCCGUAUCAUUGGAUCAGCAACCACCACCAUCAUCACCGUCACAAUCUGGAUAAAAUAAAAUGAGGCCACACAAUGUUCAUUCUAAGUCAUAUUCAUUAUUAUUUGUUUUAAUCUUGUGUUUGUCGUUCUCAUUCAUUCAAUAUUCAUAAGAUAUUUUUUUUCACUGACCUCAAUUAUCAUCAUCAAAUAGAAUUUCAUAUUAUCGUCACAUCAUUUUCUCAUUCAUCAACAAAAAAAACUUGAUACAGACAUCAUCAUUAUACCUUUUUCUGUGUUAUCAUAUUUUGUCGAUCAAUAUCGAUAUCUUAAAUUGUGCAUUUCUUUAGAACGAGAAAAAACUCACAAUUUUUUGUUUGUACUUUUUUUUAAAUUUGUAAAAUUUCAUCUAUUUUUUUCGACAUUUU